AUGAGUAAGGAGAACAUCAAGCUCUUACCCCUCUCGGGAAUUGUCUCCUGCUACUCUGCCAUUGCGGCAUUGAUCCUUACCGGCUUUAAGCAUGGAACAUCUCAAUAUCAAGGCCCCGCCCAGUCUUCAACCGACUACACCCCACUUCUGUUUGUCUCUGGUGCCGUCCUGUCACAAUUGUAUGCCUACUACUGGUUGCAAAGUUACACUACCUUUUCUGAGUUCUUUCGCCUCAAGAAGGAAGCCAAAGCCAAGAAAUCGGAUAAGCGUCCUCCCACUCUCGCUGAUUUGAAAUACGGCAACCAUGACAAUCUCGCCAUUCGUUGUGCGGAUCGAUGUGCCGGGAAUUUAUUGGAGCAACUGAUUCCAUUUUUCAUAAGCAUGUUUGUCUAUGCCACCUUUGUGGACGCUGGAAGUGCCGCUCGAAUCGGUUGGGCUUGGUUCACCUUUCGAUCCUACUACUCGUAUGCCUGGAAAAGAUUCCCAUUGCUUUUCGCCUCGACGUUACCAGCUUAUUGCUGCGUAUGGUACAUGAUGGGGUUUGCGAUAUACUCAGCGGCGACAGCCUAG